GUUUUGUGUACUGUGACAUAACACCUUUUUGAACAUGAUACCUUCGCGCACGCUUAGUCUUAAAAAGGGGUUAAUGUUCAUCGUUUCCUAUUACAUGUAGUUUGGUUGGUCCUGUUACAUUUACGCAAGUAGCUGGUUGGGGUAACAGAAAAAGCAAAGGACUUAUCUGUUGUCGCCAGAUAUUUUUAAGUGACCGGAGAGACCAGAGUGUUUCUUAAUUGAAAAUGUUGGCCAUGUCAAACAUUGCAUUGCGCAGUUGGGGGUUAGUUCGGGAUAUCAAAUCGAGCAGGAGAUUAGCAAAGUUUGUUCGUCUCACCUUGAGAAUAAGGAAUGUCCUUCAAACUAAGGCACAUUGCUUCCAACCUGUCCGGAGACUGACAACCGGAACACCACAUUUUGGAAAACUGCCAGCAGAUUUGCCAUAUGUCACUGGAUCUGAACACUGGAAGAGAAAAGUUCGUAGUGUGUUUAAACGUUUUGAUUUAAAUACUGAUGGAUACGUAACUGGCGAAGAUUAUGUUGCAUUUGGGAAGCGCAUGGCAGACUUUAGGAACCUUGACGGUGAAAAGGCAAAGCAAAUUAUAGACAAAUGUCUUCAUACCUGGGCAGGAGUUGCUGGAAACAAAAACAAAAUCACUGAGGAUGACUACCUGCAGAGCAUCCAUUCCCUCACCAUCCAAUGCUGCUUUCGACCUCAGUUAUACCAUGGGUUCGUUUCCGCGGAAUUUGGGAUGAUGGACAUUGAUGGCGAUGGCCUUGCAUCCAAGGAUGAGCAUGUUGCCUUUUUUCACGGCAUGAAGGUACCAAUGCAAUUUUCAAAGGAAAUGUUUGUGGAAAUGGACACAAACAAAGAUGGUCUCAUCACAUUUGAUGAGUUUGCAGAAGGUUUUCUUGAUUUCUGGUUUACCGAAGAUCCAAACAACAAAUACAACCAUUUUUAUGGUCCACUUGUUGAUUAAGUAAUGCCAUAUACAAACAAUAUGGAACAUCAGCCAAGAUGGGAGUUUAGUUUUGAUUAUAGUACGGUCAGUUUUACACAAUUGAUCUGUCGUGUUUCAGUUGCUUUAUUAUUAAGAAUCAUUUGAACCCAAAGUAUAUCCAUGACGUAUGUGUUCAUAUUCGAACGCUUCCCAUGGGCCGUUAAGGUUAAACUCCCAAGCCGAGCUGGUGGACAAGGCAUGGCAAAGAGUGAAUUGACGUAGAUUAAAUAAAGUAUCUUGCAAGCAACUAUUUCAACUGUUAGAAUAAUUAGAUGAAGAGCAAUGUAUGAUUUAUUGUAAUUUUGUAAUUGUUUGGGUAAUAAGUUUCAAUAAAUAAUAUUGAAACGAAUAGAUUCACUAAUUUGUAAUGAUAAUGUCGAAAAGAAACUGACAAGUCCACAAGUGAAAACUGUGAAAAGCAUAUGUGUGCAUUUUAUAUAUUAUACAUGUUUAUUAUAUACUUGCUUUAAUCUUUAAACAAUUGACCAUGUGAUGUACAUCUGUUUAACAAAGUUUAUGAAGUAUACAUCCUUACGUUAAUUUAAGCACAGUGGCUUGCUCUCAUAAAGCAAUGAAUAAAGCGUUUGCGCUAAACUCGUUCGUUUUGUCUAU